AUGGCCAAAAAAAAAAGAACCAAGAGUUUUCUCCAUAUCGAAACGAUCGACGUUCAGAAUUCUAGUUCAAACGAACCCACUUUUAAUCUCGUAGAAAACGUGAAUACUAUAAACGACUUAUCAUCGCUUCUGGGUCAAAAUAAUGAACCCUCCGUGCUGUUAGAAGGUUUGGUUAUCUCUUUAUUCACUACAAAAUCAGGUCACUCCAUCUUAUCCGUCCUAAAUAAUCCAGAUGCUAACAGUGAAUUAUUUCAGAGAUAUAAUUCGUGGCUUGAAUCUUCAAGUGGGGAUUUGAAUUAUAAGUAUUUGAAACAUGAAUUGUGGCAGUCAAAUAGAAAUUAUUACCUUUCACAGUUCACUAAAUUUCUCUUACAAAAUGAGCAAGUACCUUUCCAUUUAAAUAAUUACCAUUUAACGAAAUAUAAACUGAAAUUACAAAGACUAAUAAAUUCUGAAUCUAAUAUAAUCUCAUUAAUUUUAAAUAGUGAUAAUUACAAUCUUUUAUUGGAUUUCAUAAUGUUCUUUCAACCAUACAUGAACGAUUUAAUAAGCUACAUCGUUGAGGGAAAUAAAUUUUUUGAAAUCAUUGCAAAGUACAACAGGAUAUAUGAAUUGAACGGUUUUCACACAUGGUAUACUUUGACUAUAGCAUCAAAUACAUCUAUAGCUGUACGAUAUCUCAACGAUGUUUUAUCUAUCGACCCAAUGAUAACCGAUCAAUUUACCUCGAAUUAUCGAGAUAAAGCUUUCCAAGAAAGUGAAGAAACCUUGUUAAUGUCACAACAACAAACGGCCAAAGACGAUAUCAUUUUUUCAUUUGAUUUGAAUGAAACGGGCGAUUUACCAAAUCUUAUUAAACAUUCAGAAAUGAGACACCAAAUUAUCUAUGAUAUACUAAAUUUGAAUCAAAUCGAUUCGCCAUUUCUGAAGAAGCAAUUUCUUUUGAUUUGUGGUUUAGUCGAUCCAUUGACUCAACCUCAACCAAAUAACGAGCAUAUUAUAUCAAUAGAUUUGAUUUAUCAACUAUUUAUGGGGUUAAUGUAUAAAUUCAAUAAUAAUGAACUAGCUGGGAAAGAUAAGGAGUUACAACAUUUUACAAUAUGCUUCAAUAUGCAAAAAAUCAUAAGCAGAUCAUUGGUUCUACUAAAUUGUAACGAUUAUGAUACCCUAAGUACUAUUUUAAACGAUUUUCCCAAUGAUUAUAAGACCGCAUUAAACAAAUGGCUACCACAUGGUAUAAAUACUCAAGAUUUGGAAUUGAUUUAUAUGAUCAAUAUCAUUGCAAUUUAUACUAUUUAUAAACUAUAUUCAAACUUACCAAUUCAAUUAAAUCCAUUUUUACAGACCCUAGUCUCAUUAUGGAAGACGUUAUCUCAUCUAGUUUUAAUCGGACUGGAAAUUGAUAGAAUUGAGGAGUCUAACGAAACAUAUGAUACACCUAUCAUAGUCCGAGCAACCAUUCGUGGUGCUGCUGCUUUGAGAGCAGUCAUUGCAACAAUUUUAAAUGAUCAUGUCUCUACGAAGGAACAUGAUUUCAAACAUGAAUCAUUCAAUACUUUUAUGUCUCCUCACGGGAGAAAACUUUGUAGUGGUGCACUAUUAGCAGAUCUACGGUCACAUGCUGCCGCAAUUUUAGCUUUAGGUGACGGUGAGUUGCAUGAUGUGACCGAGCUCUUAGCUGACUUGCAAGCAGGUGAUAGGUUCGAUGAAGAUGUCAAAUAUAUAUUUGAAUAUGAGUACCAGGACUAUAAUGAACUGGGAGAAGAGGAUGAACAGACUAAUGAACUUGAGGAGCUCGAAAAACGCUCAGUGAAGAAAAGGAGAUGUAACUGUAUAUUUGAAGAUGACAAAAUGUUAGAAGACUACGAGUAUUACGAAGUUGGGAACGAAAGCCGCAGGGAGGAUAUGAAUUUAGAAAGUGACAAAUCUAGAACAAAUCCGUAUUCUGUAAGAGUCAAUUCGAUUUUUGAAUUUGAUUAUAGUGGUAAAGAUUGGAGAGACGUGCCGAGAGGGUUUAACCUAUACUACUCGCCAAGUUACGAAUUUAUCAAAAACCCAAAGCUAGGAACUGUGCUCCAUUUCACUUUAAAAGCAACUACAGAGAAGUUAUCGGAUGAAGACUCUUUGUUACUGCUGCAAUCGGUAGCUUCCUGUGUCAAGUUAGAACAGGAAAAGAUGAUUUUGGAAAACUAUUCAAACACGAAAAAUUGUUCGACAGAGGAGGAUCUUGAUAGAGAAGUUACACCAGAUGAUGUCUAUGAAAUAUGGUGUGAGGAAUCUGCUUUUGAAAGGAUGAUUUACUUGAAUAAAGAGGUUGCAUGGAGGCUGAUGGACGAAAUGUUGAUGUGUAAUGGAUACCGUAGAGUCCUUAUGUGGUUUAUCACCCAUAUGGAAAUAAAUCAUUCUUUAGUGCAUUACAUAUUUGAGUUAGUAAUGGGACUACGAGGUCAGAGAGAUGACUCAAGAAAUCCAGGUGAUGACAGGUUGAAAUCACUAUUACUUCAAGAUAUGAUGACGGACAAGAAAGGUAGUGAAAAAGUCCCAUUUUCUAGACAAGGAUCAAUUAUACUCUCUGAAAUUGAAACCAAAAUGUUGCUCCAAGAGUUUUUCACGAAUGCAGCUAUCUUUUUUUCCACAAACGAUACAGCAAACAUGAGUUCAAACGAUUCUGAAAACGUGUCCCUGUAUGCAAUAGGCCUCGUUAAACUGAUUUGUUUUAUGGUCAAGACAUUAAUGAAUAAUGAUAAAUUUGAUUUCAGUAAAUCAGAAUGUACCUUUGAGCUGCAGACGUUAUUGAUGAAUUGGAUUGGCAUAAUACCAGAAGCCCAAGAACUCUUUUUCACAUUGAAAGCGAACGUUGGAGAACCGUCAAUGGAAGGAAAAUCUGAUUCUGAUGGUACAGACAGUAAUGAAGGUGAACUUUCAUGGUAUAAUAGCAAGUUACUUGCACUAUUACCUUCUCCUACAAACAGUGGUCUAGAAAAUCCUGCAAUUGAGACCCUAAGAAGUUUUUUGAAAAAAUAUAGUUUUACAAAUAAAGUGCCUGUCGUUGGUAGAAAAGUGAUAUACAAAGAUGACAAAAUUUUACCCAUACCAAAACUCUACCAACCCAUAUUGUUAAGAGAAUUGAUUGAUGAAAAUUUUGAAGAAGAUGAUGACGGUGAUAUACUGGACCAUGAAAAUGAUACAGUUUCAGAGUGA